CCGGCCGCUGAGGGGGAGGCGCCAACCCGCGGCCGUCCGGGGCCCGCGACCGAGCAGUAACCGCGACCCAAGAGGCGGAGCGCACGCAGCGCGGCCCUGCGCUGAGAAGACAGCUUUACAAGAACCUACUGGGAACAGGAUUACAGAUGAUGAAAUACUGAGCUCCAGAAAUACAAAACAAUCAGCUUAACAAAUCAUAUAUUCUUCAGUGGAUCUCAGAAUUGAUAAAUCUGCUCUUCACAGUGAUUUGGAACUUUACAAUCCCCGAGAAAAUUUGACCAAGGUUCUCAUUGUGUUGCCUAGACUUAUCUUGAGUUCCUGAGCUUGAAUGAUCCUUCUGUCUCAGCUUCCUAAGUGUGGAGGCUACAGGGACUGCACAGGACUGAGUCCGUAUGGAAGAAGAACUUGCUCUUUUCUGUGGAGACAGUGGCAAGUCAGUGCGGGCUACUCUGUCAUCUUUGAAGAUGUUAGAUGUGGGGAAGUGGCCAAUUUUUUCCCUUUGUUCUGAGGAAGAGCUGCAGCUAAUCCAUCAGGCUUGUGUCUUUGGCAGUGCUGGCAAUGAAGUUUUGUAUACUACAGUUAAUGAUGAGAUUUUUGUGCUUGGGACAAACUGCAGUGGCUGUCUCGGGUUAGGUGAUGUCCAGAGCACCCUUGAACCUCGGAGACUGGAUUCUUUAAAUGACAAAAAGAUAGCUUGCCUCAGCUAUGGGAGUGGUCCACACCUCGUGCUUGCAACAACAGAAGGAGAAGUCUUUAGUUGGGGUCACAAUGCAUAUGGCCAGCUGGGCAAUGGGACAAUUAAUCAUGGUUUAGUGCCCAGCCAUAUCUCUACUAAUUUGUCAAACAAGCAAGUCAUAGAAGUUGCCUGUGGAUCUUACCAUUCUUUGGUGCUAACAGCUGAUGGAGAGGUGUUUGCCUGGGGCUAUAAUAACUCUGGGCAGGUAGGGUCUGGAUCCACAGCUAACCAGGCGAUCCCUCGAAGAGUCACUGGCUGCUUACAGAAUAAAGUGGUUGUGAACAUAGCGUGUGGGCAGAUGUGCUCAAUGGCAGUGGUAGACACUGGGGAGGUCUAUGUCUGGGGUUACAAUGGGAACGGGCAGUUGGGACUUGGCAGCAGUGGCAACCAGCCAACACCCUGUAGAGUGGCAGCUUUGCAAGGCAUUCGUGUGCAGCGGGUUGCCUGUGGCUACGCACACACGUUAGUAUUAACAGAUGAAGGUCAAGUGUAUGCUUGGGGUGCAAAUUCUUAUGGCCAGUUGGGCACUGGCAAUAAAAGUAACCAGUCUUAUCCAACUCCUGUCGUUGUGGAAAAAGACAGGAUCAUAGAAAUUGCAGCCUGUCACUCCACCCACACGUCUGCUGCCAAGACCCAGGGUGGGCAUGUGUACAUGUGGGGCCAGUGCCGGGGCCAGUCAGUGAGCCUCCCUCACCUCACCCACUUCUCCUGCACUGAUGAUGUGUUUGCCUGCUGCGCUACGCCUGCUGUCACCUGGCGCCUCCUCUCUGUGGAACCUGAUGACCACCUCACUGUGGCUGAGUCACUGAAGAGGGAAUUUGACAACCCAGACACUGCAGAUCUGAAGUUUCUAGUUGAUGGAAAAUUCAUUUAUGCACAUAAAGUCCUUCUCAAAAUUAGGUGUGAGCAUUUUCGUUCUUCAUUGGAAGACAAUGAGGAUGAUAUUGUAGAAAUGAGUGAAUUUUCAUAUCCUGUAUACAGAGCCUUCCUGGAAUACCUGUACACAGACAGCAUCAGUCUUUCUCCUGAGGAGGCAGUAGGAUUGCUUGAUUUGGCUACAUUUUAUAGAGAAAAUCGUUUGAAAAAGCUCUGCCAACAGACCAUCAAGCAAGGAAUCUGCGAGGAGAAUGCCAUUGCUCUGCUCUCGGCUGCGGUGAAGUACGACGCGCAGGAUUUAGAAGAAUUCUGCUUCAGAUUUUGCAUAAACCAUCUGACUGUUGUAACACAAACUUCAGGCUUUGCAGAAAUGGACCAUGACCUCCUGAAGAACUUCAUCAGCAAAGCCAGUAGAGUUGGAGCAUUUAAAAAUUGAUCUUCACCUGCACAAAAGGAUAAAGUUUUUGUGACUUUCUGUAUCCCCUGUAGAAAAGCUGGUGAUGAAUAAUUCUCCUUAGCAAUAUUUAUGAUGCACUACAUUUGGCUGAAUGUUUGUGUUAUGUCAAGAGGAUAAUAGCUAGUCUUCUCUCAUCUGCUGAAAUGCAGUUUACAUAGAAAACACUGAAUGAUCUGAUCAGAUGUGGCUGUGUGAGGGAGAUAGCUCAGUGGCAUAAGCGCCUGCCUGGCAAGCGCAAGGUCCUGAGUUCAAUCCCUGGUACCCCAAAAAAUAAAAAAAAAAAGAUGUGGCUGUGUUACAGAAAACUAUGCAAAUGUCUUAUCAUAUUUACCAUUUUUUUCUUUUCAGUCACUUAAUUUGGAUAGCUUUGGUCCAUUGGUAUUUUGGCCGGUGCCAUUCUGGCCAAAUGUUCCAUUGCUCAGCUGGCUGAUACUGUAAGGCUAGAUCAGCAUUGCUGUCACCGCUACAUCUCUGGAUCCAGCACAGUGCCUUGGAUAUAGUAGGCACUCGAGUAAUGCAUUGUAAAUAUUAAGGGUGGCUUGAGAACAGAUUUCUGUGUGGAGUACUGGAUGA